AUGGCUACCAGAUAUCUGUGCGUAGUUGUUGUUGUUAUCUCGCUUUCUGUGUACAAUUCUGUCUCCCAGGCGCCACAACCACCACCACCGAAUUCCACUUGCAAUGAUGUAUUCGUUUCUUACACCUACAAGGGAGGUUAUCCUAUCCGCCCCUUGGACCCCACAAACCAAGCGUACAGGUUCGAAUCCACGGUGACCGUGCUCAACAACGGGCGGGAUGAGCUCAAGUCGUGGAGGGUCUAUGUUGGGUUUCAUUAUAAAGAGCUCCUGACUUCUGCAACUAACGCUGUGUUGGCUGAUGGGACCUCUCUGCCUGGUUUUGUGGGAAACGGUACAGAAUUUGUUGGGUUUCCUGAGACUGACCUCAAGACUGCUAUCGAGACAGCAGGGGAUUUGACCCAGAUGGAGGUUCGGGUUGAGCUGGUGGGCACCCAAUUUGGAGUUGGGGAUCCUGAUAUUCCUAUGCCAAAUAAUUUGACUCUUGUUAAUGAUGGCUAUACUUGCCCGGCUGCCACAACGCAAGGAAAUGAGAUGCACUUGUGCUGCAUCAGAAAUUUGAGUUCUAAACCAGACGACAAUCUGGAAGACAAUUUCCUACCACGCCAAGAGGGUGAUGUUAUUAUCAUGUAUGAUGUAAUAAGAACAUAUGAUGAUCAUUAUUGGGCCCAGGUUAACAUUUCAAACCAUAAUCCUCUUGGGCGUCUUGAUAAUUGGAAAUUAAGCUGGGAGUGGAUGAGGGAAGAAUUUAUCUAUGCCAUGAAAGGAGCUUAUCCUUCUGUUGUUGAUACAACAGAUUGUAUUUUUGGCCAGCAAGGUCAGCACUACCAGGGUUUGGAUUUUUCUCAAGCAUUGAGUUGCGAGAAAUUGCCUACAAUUAUUGACCUACCUCCAACAAGUGAAAAUGAUACAAACCUUGGCUUGUUCCCCCUAUGCUGUCGAAAUGGGACAAUUCUACCUCCUACCAUGGAUCCAAGCAAAUCCUUUUCAGUUUUCCAGGUUCAAGUGUUCAAAAUGCCACCAGAUUUGAACAGGUCAUUGCUCAUUCCACCACAAAAUUGGAAGAUCAAUGGAACAUUUAAUUCAGACUUUGAAUGUGGGUCUCCGAUACGAGUGAGUCCAAGCCAGUUCCCCGAUCCAACUGGUUUGCCUUCAAAAAGAUCGGCAGUUGCCAGUUGGCAAGUGGUUUGCAACAUAACACAUUUCAAGCACGAGAGCCCAAAAUGUUGUGUAUCAUUCUCAGCCUUUUACAAUGAUUCUGUUGUACCAUGUAGUACCUGUGCUUGUGGCUGCAACAACAACCCAAGCCAAACCUGCAGCGUUAAUGAACCGGCUCUUCUACUGAAAUCUUCAACUCUUCUACUCCCAUUUGAGAACCGGACCAAACAAGCCUUGGAAUGGGCAAGAAUUAAAAGUAGGACUGUGCCAAAUCCACUUCCAUGUGGAGAUAAUUGUGGAGUUUCCAUAAACUGGCAUGUACUUUCAGAUUACAGAAGUGGCUGGAGUGCAAGGAUCUCUCUUUUCAACUGGGAUGAUACUGUCUUUGAGGACUGGUUCGCUGCCGUGCAAUUAGACAAAGCACUGCCAGGUUUUGAAAAGGUCUACUCCUUCAAUGGAAGUGCCCUGCCUGAGCCCAGCAACACAAUAUUUAUCCAAGGUAAUCCAGGCAUGAAUUUUCUUCUUGCAGAAAGGGAUGGUGACAACCCAAGAAAGGAUCCUCGGGUUCCUGGCAUGCAGCAAUCAGUAAUCUCAUUCACUAAGAAAAAAACUCCUGGUAUUAAUGUGGCUAGAGGGGAUGGUUUUCCAACCAAAGUUUUCUUUAAUGGUGAAGAGUGUGCUCUCCCUACUAUACGUCCAAGCAGUGGUUAUAAGACAAAUGCUGCUGCUCGUGUUUUCGGUUUUCUAAUAGUUUUCACUCUCAUGUUCAUUCAUUGA